GGAUGGUAGAGUCCUAGCAGGCUCUCCCCUCUCUGUGUGCGGUGGUUGGUAUUGCCCGCAGGAGUCCUGCGCUGCAGCCAGCCGGGCGGUUCCAUCUCACCCCUGCCUCCCGUCCGCGCUUUGGUAUUGCCCCCUGGGGGCCUCUGGGUGCAGCCCGUCCGGCCCCCGUGGCCCUCCGCAGAUCCAGUAGGUUCAGAGUCUGGACCCUGAUUUCUUGUCUCUGGGCUCCCCCACGGCUGAGUCACCAUGCACGGCCGUCUGAAGGUAAAGACGACGGAGGAGCAGGCCGAGGCCAAGCGCCUGGAGCGGGAGAAGAAGCUACGUCAAUACGUAGCCGCCACGACCGCCAUCUUUGAGAAGAGGAAGACAGGACAGCUGGACAAAGAGGCGCUGGAGCUGACCAAUCAGAUCUUGGGGGUCAACCCCGACUUCGCCACCCUCUGGAACUUCCGCCGGGAGAUCCUCCUCCGCCUGGAGCCAGAGGGGUCCCCGGAAGAGAUGCAGUCGCUGUGCCGCGGGGAGCUCUCGUUCCUGGAGUCCUGCCUGCGGGUGAACCCCAAGUCGUACGGGACGUGGCACCACCGCUGCUGGGUGAUGGAGCACGUCCCCCACCCCGACUGGGCCCGUGAGCUGGAGCUGUGUGCCAAGUUCCUGGAGAUCGACGAGCGCAACUUUCACUGCUGGGAUUACCGGCGCUUCGUGGUGCAGCGUGCCCAGGUGUCGGCCGCGGACGAGCUGCACUUCACCGACCGCCUCAUCACCCGCAACUUCUCCAACUACUCGUCCUGGCACUACCGCAGCCGCCUGCUGCCCCGGCUGCACCCCGACCCUCGGCAGCCGGGCCGCCCCACCGAGGCCGUGCUGCUCAAAGAGCUGGAGCUGGUGCAAAACGCUUUCUUCACCGACCCCAACGACCAGAGCGCCUGGUUCUACCAUCGCUGGCUGCUGGGCAGAGGUAGGCGCCUCCCUGCUGGCCACGUGACAGAAUGGUCCCCGAGUACUGGAGGGGGCAGGGACUCAUCCCGUAAUACCCAGGCGCUCUUUGGCAAGCCGAGGAUUGGCUGAUGCUGCCGGAGUACUUGAGCGAUUCCAUCUGGCUGUAGAGACCAACUCUGGACUAUACUCCAUUGGUACCCAAGUACUGUGAGCAACAAUAGCAGUCUGGGGUACCUCACACUGUGGGCACAGCCCCCGACUACGCACCAGUGGUGGGCAAUUACUGCGUGCUGGAGGAGAACGCCCCCCUGGAGUAUAGUCCAGUGGUGCCUGAGUAUUCUUUUGCUCUAAGUCUCUCCCUGCAGUAUGACUGCAUGAUACCGGAGUACUGCAUGGGGCAAGGAAGCCAUAUCCCUUAGGGUAUGGGCCAGCAAUACACAAUUACUGUUUAGCUAGGAGAGAG